AAUUUGGCUACAGAGAAAAACAAGAAGUGGCAUUACCUUUUUAGCCAAACCCAAAUUCUCUUCGUUCCAAAGAAGAAAAGCCACCCUUUCUUCCCCCGACCACCCUCUCCUGGUCCUGGCCGCUUCGCUUUCAUCCAUUCUUCCCCAAACCACCCUCUUCUGGCCACCCCGCCUUCCUCACCGUCGCCCUGCCUUUCCCUUCCUCAUAUGCCCUUUCGACGCACUCACAAGCUUCUUUUGAACUGCCUUUCCCCUAAUGUUCAACCCAGCCACACAAACCCUAAUUUCCCAGUUUUAGGUGCUCCACAACCUCCGCCUUGCACCAUUGGCAACCGUCGCGACUUCGCCUCCAUUCUUAGCUCAUACGGAGAGAUGUGCUUCUGGCCAGGCAGGUGCGUUCGUUCGCAUCAGAGCCCCUCCUUCGGCUGCCUUGGCCUCUUCCAUUCUCGGCCCUUUCUUAUCAGUGGGCUCCCGAGAUUCCGUUUUUACUCCUCCUCUUUCUGAAGUUUUGGACGGUCUGAUCUCGAUUUCACUCACACAUUUGGGGUCGACAUUUCCGCUUUGGGUGAAAUGAGGGAGAAAGAGUGCAUGGAUGCUCUUCAGGCUUUUAAUGAUAAGAACAAGGAGAAAGUGAAGCUGGUUACCAAGCUAAUGGGAGGUCUUACAUGCUGCUUAGCGUGAUGAAGAGUCAUUAGCUGAGGGUCUUCUUUGGCUUCUAUCAAUUGGAAAGGUGUCAAGCAAGGAGCAAGUUAAUACGUUAUCAAAGGAAUUUAGAGAUCUCGCUACUGUCCAAGUGUGUUGGCAGGAGGAUGACGUGGUUUGAGUACAUGUUGAGUGAAGUUAUGAGCCCCAUAUGUUUUUUAUGUGAGAAGUUAUGAAGUGUAUACUAGUUCCUGCCUUGAGAACAAGGCAUUUGGAUACAAAGGUGCAGAUGCCUCGGAUGGAGUCCUUGGCACAUAUUUUUUUUGGUAGAAGAAGGAUGAUUUUGAAUAGUUAACUCUAGAUAGAUUGACAGUCUUAAUGUUGACUUUAGAACCAUAGAAGUAAUAAUUAGUUAGCUUAUUGAGGAGAUGUAGAUUGUAACAGUAUAGAAUUAUUGACUACAAGAUUUGAUGACUUUCUAUUGUUGAUAAUAAUAUUAUUUUGU